ACAAAACAAGGAUGGGAUUAUGGUUAUUCAUUCACCCUUUGCGACGGCCAUCCAGGGCGAGAAUGCGAGGGUGACAGCCGUUUGUGCCCGAAUGACUGGGUGAGAAGGAGACUAAGUCGACUAACAAGUAGAAAACUGCACGAAAUUCGAGGGUUGAGGGGCCAGUGAGACCCACCGGCUUGCCGUAUUGGGAUAACCGGACAACGAACGACGGGAGACUAGUGCCCAAUCGGGGAUAGUGUCCGUGCAAAUGGAGGAGAAACGCGAAAGUCGCAAUUCCAUUCAGUCUCGCUUUUUCCUCUUUUCUUGCAAUCGCAUUUCAUGGCUCUCACUUCUCCCGGUGGUUACUGCGGCUUUCUUGCUCAUCAAACCUUACCCCGGCUUGCUUUCCCCGUUUUAUCUCCUAAUUUCAACAUGCUGCCUCGAAAUAGAAAUAGAAAAUACACACCCGAAAAGGACCGAUGCUGCUCCGAGCAUGUCAGUGGGACUACGAAGAUGGUCUCCCCGCCAGGCCAGACUCGCCCCGGUGGGUGGAACUGAACUAUCUAUUUGGCAUGUCACGGUUACUUGCGACGGUUUGCUGUAAUCACCCAUGGUUCCUCGGGCACAAUUAAGCUAUCGCUCUUU